AUGGAGGGCGCCGGCAGUGCGGCGCACAGACGGUGGGGCACGUCGUCGUCGUCGCAGUACAGCUUCAGGACGUCCGUGAGCAGCGCCGCGGAGAUCACCGGCGGCGAUGAGAAUGAGAUGGAGGCGAGCCCAGCGGCACCGCCCGUGGAGAACAGAGUUUUCGUGGCCGUCCCGGAGGACGUCAAGCACGGGAAGAGCACCCUGCUGUGGGCGCUGGAGAACCUGGCCAAGGACGGCUCCGGCUCCGGGGUCGUCAUCGCUCACGUCCACUGCCCCGCGCAGAUGAUCCCCAUGAUGGGAGGAAAAGUUCAUUACACUAUGGUGAAUGCAAAACAGGUCAAUGAUCAUAGGAAGAAGGUGCGAGCAGAGGCAGAAGAGAAACUAAAUGAAUACGUCAAGAUAUGCAUAAGGCAGAAGGUCAGCUGCGAGAAAAUCAUAAUCGACAAAGAGGAUGUUGCUAAAGGGCUUGAGGAGCUAAUUGCUCUUCACGGCAUCACCAGGCUUGUCAUGGGUGCAGCUGCAGACAAACAUCACUCAAAGAAAAUGAAAUCACUGAAGUCCAAGACGGCACUCAGACUGACAGAGGCAGCAGCUUCAUCGUGUACGAUAUGGUUUACUUGUAAAGGGCAUCUUAUAUGCACCAGGGAGGCAAAUACAACUGUUCCUGCAAUACCACCAUCACCUGCGUUCACGGUUGCAUCAGAGUCAUCAGUAACCAGCGUUGGUAGCCCUCUGAGAUCAAUGACAAUCCGUCAUUCAGAGAGUGAUGCAUCAAGCUCAAACGGAAGUCCAAGGCACGAUCUGAUACGAUCGAGAACAGAAGUGGGGCUGUAUCCAUCUCUAGAAUCUAUCAAUACACCGUCUCGGCUAUAUGAAUCCUGUGGCAGGCCUACAAGAACAUCAAGAAGUUCUAUAGAUUCUUGGGAUGAAUUUGGGAGGAGAUCGCAGAACUCAUGGCACGAUCUAUCAAGAAAUGAUGAUGCAGUCACUAUCUCUGGAUUAGCAAUGCCGCAUGGAAUGCAAGAACCUGAUGAUGAAAACUUUUCAUCCCCUUCUCAUGAGCUGGAAAAUCCAGGCGUUGAUGCUAAUGCUAACAUAUACAGAAGACUCACAGAGGCUCUCAGUGAAGCUGAACAGUAUAAGAAAGAAGCACAUGAAGAAUCAGCCAAACGCCUAAGAGCUGAACUAGAUAUGGCUUCAGCUCUUGGAAAUGUAUACGAGUUAUAUCAGCAAGAGAUAAGGCAGCGCAAAACAAUCGAGGAAACACUGGCGAGCCAAGAACAGGAGAUUGAAGAAAUAAAAAGACAGUAUGAUGUGACAUCCAACGAAUUGCAUGAUGUCAAAGAGCAGAAACUCGUCCUUGAACAACAAAUAACAGAGAUGGCAUCUGCUAUCAAAGAUUACGAAGAGAAGAUGGCAGCAAACGAAUACCUCACCCAAAUGCUGCAAACAGAUUAUGAGAAGCUGCAACAAGAGCGCGACGCAGCUGUAACUGAAGCUGAAGGUUUGCGCCAGAAGAAUGACAAUAAGAUUUCAGCACCAUUGCCAGCUGAAACACUGAACACCGAGUUCUCCUACUUCGAGCUAGAACAAGCCACUGAAGGUUUUGAUGAGAGGCUUAAGAUUGGCGAGGGUGGUUUCGGAAGCGUCUACAAAGGCUUCCUCCGCAACACAACUGUAGCUGUAAAGCUGCUGAAUCCACAGAGUAUGCAAGGACAGUCAGAAUUCAACCAAGAGGUUGCUGUUCUCGGUAGAGUGCGGCAUCCAAACCUUGUCACACUGAUUGGCUCGUGCCGGGAGGCAUUCGGCCUGGUGUACGAGUUCCUCCCCAACGGAAGCCUCGAGGACCGGCUCGCGCGCACCAACAACACGCUGCCACUGACAUGGCAGGUGCGCACCAAGAUCAUCUGCGAGAUGUGCUCGGCCCUUAUCUUCCUCCACUCGAACAAGCCGCACCCGGUGGUCCACGGCGACCUGAAGCCGGGCAACAUCCUCCUGGACGCCAACUUCGUGAGCAAGCUAGGGGACUUCGGCAUCUGCCGCCUCCUGAGCCAGUCCAACACCACCACCACCAGGGCCAUCACCACAAAGCUGCACAGGACGACCACCCCGAAGGGGACCUUCGCGUACAUGGACCCGGAGUUCCUGUCCACCGGCGAGCUCACCCCGCGGUCCGACGUGUACUCGUUCGGCAUCAUCAUCCUGCGGCUCCUGACGGGGCGGCCGCCCAAGAGCAUCGCGGAGGUGGUGGAGGACGCGGUGGAGCGGGGGGAGCUGCACACCGUCCUCGACCCGACCGCGGGGGACUGGCCGUUCGUGCAGGCCAACCAGCUGGCGCACAUCGGCCUGCGGUGCGCGGAGAUGAGCCGGCGGCGGCGGCCUGACCUCGUGGGGGAGGUGUGGAAGGUGGUGGAGCCCCUCAUGAAGGCCGCCUCGCUCGACGCCGGGCGGCUGUCGUUCGCGCCGUCGUCGCUGGAUGACGCGCACGCGCCAUCCUACUUCGUCUGCCCAAUCUUCCAGGAGGUGAUGAGCGAUCCCCACAUCGCCGCCGACGGGUUCACGUACGAGGCCGAGGCGAUCACGGGGUGGUUCGACAGCGGGCGCGACACGUCGCCGAUGACGAAUCUGAAGCUCGAGCACUGUGAGCUGACGCCCAACAGGGCGCUCCGCUCGGCGAUUCUCGAGUGGCAGCAGCAGUUGCGGCAGCAGCGGAGAUAA